AUGGUCCCACAACAAUGGUGUCGUCAUCAUCAGAUGAGGUCAUUGACCUGACGGGAGAUGAUGAUGAUGAUUAUCGAUAUGAGGUCGAAGAUUCUAAAGAAGGUUUGGAAUCGUUGAAGAAGGCCAUGGAGGAGGAGAUGAGAGUGAAGGAGCUGCUAACCUCACAAUCGGCUCCCUCAAGAACACUCAAACAAACAACAUUGUUGCCAAUCUUGAACCAACAAAAUACGUCAGCAAGCAACAGCAACAUCGGCAGCGCGGCAACAACAUCGGCGUCAGGCUCGUUCAAGAACAACAGACUGAAUGCCAACGGAGUCGAACAAGUUCCGCAGCCAAUUGCACUAACAUUCAACAGUCGCGCUAGCACGCCGCCGCCGCCUCUGCCACCAUCUUCACCCCCUCCAUCAUCGUCACAC